AUGGUGGCGCGAUGCCUGGAGGUGACAGUGGGAUCGACGUCAGGGCUCAAGGACAGCAAGUCCACGACCAAGUCCGAUCCCUACGCCGUGCUGCGCCUGGGCUCCGUGCAGCACCGCACGCACACGUCGUGCUCGCAAAUCUCACGGCCCGUCUGGAACCAUCGCUUCAGCUUCCUCCUUCCGGACGACGGCCAAGGGCCCAUGGUAACUCUCCUCUCCUCCCUCGUCCCCCGCCACUCUUCUCUCCUCGUCUCUCCUGUCUUCUCCUCGUCUCUCCUGUCUUCUCCUCGUCUCUCCUGUCUUCUCCUCGUCUCUCCUGUCUUCUCCUCGUCUCUCCACUUCUCUCCGCUUCUCUCCUCCUCCGCUGCUCCUCUCCGCAGCUACAUCGACUCCCGCAACCUUCCGUUCCUCCUCCCCUCCCCUCUUCUCCCAUUCCCCCUUUCCCCUCCACAACAGCCCUUAACCUCCCACCCGCUCCCUCUCCCCACUCUUCUAUUGUCCUUCCCAACGCCUCUGGAUCUGCACGUGCAGUUCUGGGACAAGGCGGACGCGGGCGAUCGCAUACUGGGGUCGUGCAAGCUCAACCUGUCGCCGGUCUUCGCGGACGGGCAUCUGGACGUCAUGCAACCCGUGCACCGCCGCAACGGCAAGUUGCUCGGCCACGUGCGCCUGCACCUCUCGCUCCUCGUCGAGUCCUCCCCGCCCUCCCCGCCCCGCCCGCGGAGUAACUCGGCCUCCCGCUCCGCCGCUGGGGCCGCCGCGGAGCGGGAGGCGUCGGAAGCCGCCACCGUUUCCCCUUCUCCCGCGCGCCUGGGGCCUUCCGCUGCAGCUCUUGCGGGGCAAGGUUCCGCGGGUGGAGGGGGAGCGGGAAGGGGAGGGGGAGGGGGACGGGGAGGCUCUCCCGCAGCGUCGUCUAUCCGCGCGUACUUGCCCGCGGGCUCCGCCGUCUCCCCUCUGCCCUUGCGCCUCAGGAGCCCCGACGCGGACCUCAACGACGGGCGCUUCUCUUCCCCCGCGCAGCCUGCGCGGGAGCAUUCCGCGCUCUCUGGGAUGUCUGGAUCCGCCCUAGGGGGAGGCGGCGGUGGAGGGGGAGCGCUUUCCCGCUCCCCGUGCCCGUCCAGUCUCUCCGCGCCAGCUGCGCCUUUCCCCCUUUCCUCCCUGGCGGCAUCGUCCCACCACCAGGCGCAGCAGCAACCGCGCCCGUCCUCCGCCUCCUCGUCAACUUCCGCCGCGCUUUCCGCAGCAAUAGCCACCGCAGCUGCCUCCGCCGCGGCCGGAAACCCCCUGGACGCGAAUACGCGGAAGCUCCUUGCGCGGCUACUGGGCUCGCGCCUAGGCUCCGCCGCCGGGGGGCUGUCCGGGGGACUUGCGGGGUUGGUAAGGGGAAGCGGAGCGGGGAAUGGGAUGGUGGAAGGAUGCAGAAGCGCGGAUGCCCUAGCAAGUGCAUUUGAGAGCGGGGCCGGGGGGGGAGUGGCGCAGAGCGGACUGCUGGGUGCGCUUGACCUGCAGAGGCGCUCCAGUGGGGGCGGGAGGAGCGGUGUGGGCGGGGUUGGCGCAGGGGGGGGACACGCGCUUGGGGGAAGUGGGCGUGAUGGCGGAAGCGCAAGCGUUGGCGCGAGUAUCAGCGCGAGCGCGAGCGGAAGCGGGAUCCCGCGGAGGGUGGUGGGCGGGGGAAUAGACGCGGGUGUGCUUGCCGCGCUGCUAAAGGCGGGGGGGGUUUCCGCCCUUUCGGGUAUAGCACAGCGGCAAAGCGUCAGCGGAAGCGCCAGUGGCGCAAGUGCGGGCGGAGGCACUUGGGGGGCACUCGCAGGUGCUGGGGGCGGGGGUGGGGGUGCGAGUGGUGCGGGUGCGGGGCGGGAUGAUUUGAGACGGCAGGGGAGUGAGAGUGGGGUAGCUGGUGGUGGGGUAAGAGACAGGGGGGGGAUUGUGGCAUUGUCCUCGGACGCAUCACUUGGGGGAGAGGUGGGAGGCGGGGGCGGAGGCGGCGGGGGGGGCGGAGGGGGAGGGGGAGGCGGAGGCGGAGGAGGGAGGGGAGGAGGUACUGCAGCUGCUGUUGCCGCUGCGCUUCUUGCAAAGCUGAACAGCCCAGAUGGAGUGGCUACAGCGAAGGAGCUUCUAGCGAGCGAUUGGCAGCGUGGGGCGGGUGGUGCAGGGAGCAAGGGUGCUGGUUUGCAGAGACGAGCGAGUCUAGACAGCUGUAGCACUGGCCGCGAUAUGGCCCAUGCCGCUGCUGCCGCUGCCGCUGCUGCCGCUGCUGCUGGGGGUGGUACUGGUGCUGGUGCUGGGGCUGGUGGGCGCCUAGAUGAGGAGGAGGAGGAGGAGGAGGAGAUGGAUGAAGGAGAGGCGGCCGCUGCGGCGGCAGCAGCAGCAGCAGUAGCCGCGGCUUCAGUGCGCGCGUGGCAGAGAGAAGGUGGCGUUUUAGGUGAAGCAGCAGCAGGAGCAGGAGCAGGCAGCAAGGGGGAAUGUGGAGAAGGUGGGGUGGGAAGCGAGGUAGGAGCAGGCGUAGCAGAGAUGGCAAUGGGUCUGUUUGGGCCAAGGAACGGCGAGAUGAGUGGUGAUCUAGGCCCUGACGACCAUGGGAGCCUGCCUGGCGGCCUCACUGGUUUUGGCUCCAUAGGCAUGGAUGCGGGAGGGAUUGGGAACAGCAGCGGCGCUGCGUGUGGGAACGGCGGGAGCAGCGGUGGUGGUUGUGGGUCCGGCAUGGGUUCUUUUGGUGGAGGAGGGGCGCUGGUGGGGGGGAAAGCAGGAGGGGCAGGAGGAGUUGCUGGGAGCAGCAGCACAGGCAACUGCGGCGGCGGCGGUGGUGGUGGUGGCAGCAGUGGUGGCAGCGGUGGUGGCAGCGGCGCAGUAUUCAUUAUGCCGUCGCCCCUAAUGUCACCCACGCUGCUGUUCUCCCCACUCUUCCCAACGUCUGGUGCCGACACCAUUUUCUCCCCUGCCACACCAUUCUUUCACUCUUCCUUCGCCCCCACGCCUUCUGCCCGCCGUCACACUCGCAGCCUGGGUGCCAUUCCUGAGGGGCUGGCGGAGGGUGGGGGUGUGGGGAGGGGGGAAAGGGAGAAAAGAGGAAAUGGUGAUGGUGGUGGGGAUGGUGGUGAUGAUGGUGGUGAUGCCGAUGGUGCUGCGCUUUCGCCGAUUGUUCGCGGAAGCAGGGAGGGUGAGGAGGUAGAUUUUGUUCAGGAGCACGACAGGGAGGGGCACGAUGGUGAGGAACACAAUGGGGAGGGGAUGGUAGGGAAUAUCCGCAGUGGGGGGUGUGGUGAUGAAGGGCAGAGCAGUGGGGGUGAUGCAAGGAACAUUGCAGGUGCGAGAGAAGCAGAUGGGUGUGGUGACAGGUGGCCACAGGGGGAUGCAGCAGCAGCAUCAGCAGCAGCAGCAGCAGCAGCAGGAGAAGAAGGAGGGACGAGUGGAGGAAAUGGAGGAAGUGGUGAUGCGAGGGAGUCUGCUGGUAACGGCUGCAUGGUGGCAGGAGAAGCAGGAGAGGCAGAGGGUGGAGCAAGCGACAGGCAUAACGGUGGCAUCGCAUCCGAUGCUGAUCGCAAUCGCUUCUCUCUUUCUCUCUCCUGGCCUCUGCUUCUUCCAAGUGGCAUGUCAGGGAAGUGCUGCUGGGUGCCAGUCACAGUCAAUGCUAUGCCAUCACCCAAGCUCCCCUCAAGACCUAAGAUCCCGGCGCCUUCUUCACUACAUCGCGUUGCGCGCCUCCGCAGGCAGCGCGUGUCUGCGGCGCGGGCCGCCGUUACCGAUGGACCCAGGCACCGAUGGUGGGGAGGUUGGGAGGGACACCGCGGCGCUUGCACAGCCGCGAACGAGACCGGAGGGCGAGAGCAGGAGGCGCAAGCGGAGGAGAUCUCCAUCCCGCCGGGGGAGAUCGCCCUCCGCUCGCCCUGCAACCGCUGCCGUGCAGGCGUUCCUGCUGCUGCCACCGCUGUGGGUGGUGUUGGUGUUGGUGAUGGUGAUGGUGUUGGUGUUGGUGAUGGUGCUGUUGGUGCUGUCGGUGGUAGCGGAGGGGGUGGGGAUGAGGGCGCUCGUGGUGUUAGUCGCAGCGACAGGCUGCACCGCCAUCGCCGCCAACGACGGCGCCUGUGCCGCGCGGAUCAGCGAGGGGCGGAAGCGGAAGGGGCGGCGGAGGGGAACGCGGCGACAGGGAAGGCGGAAGAGGCGGAAGAGGCGGAAGAGGCGGAAAAGGGGGGGGCGGAAGGGGCAGGGGGAGCGGGAGAGGAGGCGGUGGCGGGCGUGCGGGAAGUGAGGUUUAGUGCGGAAGACAAGGGCAAGCGGGUAGUUAGCGAGGGCUCUGCGGGUGGCAGGUCUAAGGGGUCGAAGCGGAGGGAAGAAGCGGCUCGGCGUCGCGUGGACGACGGCGGGCUUCGCGGCGUGAGCCGGCCGUUCCUUCGGGCCCUCGGACGGGGUCAGCUGCUGCUCCUGACGGCGGGCGAGACAGUCGAGAGCAUGGGGGAGGGCGCUGGAGAAGGAAAAGGUGGGGAUGAGGCGCAAGUUGAGGGGGCAGGGAAGGGAACGGCGAAGGAGGAUAUUGGCAAGGCGAGGAGGAGCGAGACGAGCGUGAUCUGCAACCACACUCAUCAUACUCCGCUUAGUCCCUUGGCGCACGGGUCCCGCGACGCGAAGCAGGGUAUGGCGGGGAAGGUGGGGAAGGCGGGGAGGAAGGCGGGGAAGGCGGGGAAGCGGAGCAGGAAGCGCUGCCACGGGGCGCAUGACACGACAGCGUGUUUCACGGGCGGGGAGCUGCACGGGCUGUGCUUCUCGCGCGUGCCCGCCGCGGAGUCCGCGUCCCUGCGCUGCCCCAUGUGCCGCUGCCCCGUGCUGGGGUGGUUCGUGCAUAAGGACGUGCGCGCGCUGCUCAACGCCGUUCCGCGCGCGUGCGCGCAUGAGAACUGCGCGUUCGCCGGCGCGUACCCCGCCCUCCGCGCGCACGCGCGCUCCGCGCACGCGCAGGCGCGCCCGCCCGCGGAGGCGGACCCGGCGCGCGUGCGCCAGUGGCGGAGGCUGCAGAGCCAGCAGGAGGUCGGGGACGUGGUGAGCAGCAUCCGCGCCGCCAUGCCAGGAGCUACUAUAAUAGGCGACUAUGUGAUAGGCGGCGAUAGUGAUGAUGAGGACGAUCUGCUGGGCGGGUUCGGCGGGUUGGGGGGUCUUGACGGGGGCCGCUUUGGCGCAGGGGGGUUGUAUGGCGGAGGCAGGUUCUGGGGAGGCGCGGGCGGCAGGGGAGGCUUGGGAAGGCAGGGGUUGAGGGGGAUGGGGGGAACGUUGGCGGGGUUCAAUGCGGGGGGAUUGGGGGACCCGUUCGGGGUGGGGGGACUGGGGGGAAUGGAGGGGGGAGGGGCGAUGGGGGCGGCUGGGAGGAGGGCUGCUGCUCGGCUGUUUGGGUUUGGGCGGGCGAGGGAGGGGCUAGGCGAGGCACCAGUGCUUCCUUGGGACUAUGUGGGGGGAAGGAGGGGAGUGCCAAACUGGUUGGCAGCACGCACCAACAGCAGCAGCAGCGGUGGUGGUGGCGGCGAUGGUGGCGGCGGCGGCAGCGGCACUAGGCGUGGUAGGUGGGGGGACUUGCAGCCUGUUGAGAGGACAACUGGCAGUGGCCGUGCGGCUGCCAUUGCUGCUUUUCCCGCUAUUGCUGCAAUCGGUGUCGCCGUUGGCAGUGAUGCUGAUGGCGCACCUGCUGCGUCUGCUGCCGAUGGUGCUGAUGCUGCUGGUAAUACUGCACAUGGCAAUGGCAGCAGCAGCAGCGGUGGCAGCCGAGUGGGGCGUGCUCUGAACUUGGCAUUGGAGCGAGCAAGGCGAGAUAGGGAGAGGGUGGAGGAGGCUAUGAGACAGGCUGAACGGGUCCGGUGGGGAGAGGCAGCAGGACUGGUGGGAGCGGGGCCAGGAGCAAGUGUGGGAGGCGGGGAAGGAGGAGGCGGAGUAGGAGUAGGAGGAGGAAGGAGAGGAAGGGUGGGGAGGCCUCAGCAGUUCCGAAGCAUGCUGCUUGGUGGGGAUCGUGGUGUGGCCGAAGGUGGGGUGGCGGCACGGCGAGGCGAUGAGGAGGUGGUGGAGGUAGAGGAGGAGGAAGAGGAGGUUGAGGAGGUGAAGGAUAGUGAUGAGGAAGGAGGUGGUCGUAGCACCAAUGCGAGUGGUGCUGCGGGCAUUGCUGUGCCUGCUCUUCCUGCUGCUGCCGCUGCUACUAUCGCAGCUGCUGCUGCUGCUGCUGCUGCUGGUGCUGGCUCUCCCAUCGUUCCCAGCACGUCGCGUGUGCUCCGAACGACAGGUUUGUCCUCUGCGCGUGCCAUCACGCCCAACCCUCCCAUCCUUGCCACUGCCACCAGGCUCAGGGUGCAAGGGGUCCCACCCAGGACUUACGAUUAUCUUGAGAAGACUGUGGAACGCGCAGCAGCAGGCGAGGACGCGUAUGCCUCUCCGACGGGUCGCGACAUGAACGGCGGUGGUUCUGUGCGACGGUCGACGGAGUUCGACGACGACGCUUAUCAGCGACGUCGCACGGGGUCCAAGCGACGCUCCACGAGCUUUCAUGACGAUGGCGACGUCGGCUACGGCGACGACGACGGCGCGUAUGGCGACGAGGAGAACGACGACGUCGGCGACGAGGAGGAGGCCGAUCGCGUCAAGCGUGCGCGACGUUACGAGGAGCCAAGAUCGCACAGUCGCGACAGAGACAGAAGCCACAGAAGCCGGGAGCUUGACCGCGAGAGGGAUGGCGACCGCGACGUAGAUCGGAAUCGGGACCGUUACUAUCGGAGCAGGGACAGCGAACGAGACCGCGAUAACUACUACAGCAGCCGUGGAAGGGAUCGCGACUGGAGACGAGACUAUGACAGGGACCGACGCCGCGAUCGUGACCGGGAUUACUACGACCGACGGAGCUCACGUGAACGGCGGGAGAGGCGUGAGAAGGAGGCGGAGGUCGAGCCUGAUCUGGAGAGAGACCUUCGCACCGUCUUCGCCUAUCAGAUCAACCUCAAGGCGGACGAGCGCGACGUGUACGAGUUCUUCUCGCAGGCGGGCAAGGUGCGCGACGUGCGCCUCAUCAUGGACCGUUACUCGCGCCGCUCCAAGGGCGUGGGAUACAUCGAGUUCUACGACCCCAUGGCCGUGCCCAUGGCGCUCGCGCUCUCCGGCCAGAUGCUGCUGGGCACGCCAGUCAUGGUGAAGCCGUCCGAGGCGGAGAAGAACCUCGCUGCGGCGCAGAGCGCGGCGAGCGCCGCUGCCGCUGGGGGAGCGGGGCUGCUGGCGACCGGGUCGAAGCGGCUGCAUGUGGGGAACCUGCACGUGAACAUGAACGAGGGGCAGCUGCGGCAGGUGUUUGAGCCGUUUGGAGAGCUGGAGGUGGUCGAGGUGCCCAUGGAGCCAGGCUCGGCCCAGUGCAAGGGAUUCGGCUUCGUGCAGUACGCACGCCUGGAGGAUGCGCGCAUGGCACACCAGAACUUGGAAGGGCUUGAGCUCGCAGGCCUUGCAAUCAAGAUCACGCCUGUGCCAGAGGUGAUGGACCCAGAGGCGCCAGGGGAGCUCAUCGACGAACGAGGCGGUCUGGCACUUGACGCACAGACCAGGGCAGCUCUCAUGCUCAAGCUGGACCGCACAGGGACCAGUGCUGCUGCCGCUGCAGCAGCGAUGCCUGGAGCAGGCGUUCUUGCGGCCAACCCUCUCGCAACAAUGGCCCUGCGCCCUGGCAUGCUGCCGACAGUGCCAGUCGCUGCUGCUGCAGCACCAGCAGCACCAGCAGUGGAGAUUGGAACGCCCAGCGAGUUUAUCCUGUUGACUAACAUGUUUGACUCUUCAGAGAAGGUGGACGAUGAGUUUGAGCAGGACGUGCAGGACGACGUGUUUGAAGAGUGCUCCAAGUUUGGCACGGUCAAGAAAGUCAAAGUCGACAGGGUUAGUGAGGGUCAUGUGUAUGUGCAAUUUGAGACGGUGGCAGCAGCAUCGGCAGCGCGCACAGCACUGCACAACCGGUAUUUUGGUGGCAAACCCAUCUGUGCCACUUUUCUGGAACCUUCCAACGCAAAGAUUGCUGUCAACGGCCAAAUAGUCCGUUCAACUAAUUCACCAGUGAUUCAGAUAUAG